AUGAGCCUCGGACUGCUCAAGUUUCUCGUUCUUGAAGGUGUAGGUGUAGACGGUUUGUGGUCUGACGAAUUGUCCCUCCUUCUCGCAUUCCUUGCACUCAGAUCCGGAACGAAGUCCGUAAGCGGUUUCUGGGCGAGUGAUACACUUGUCGAAGUUGACAGACUUGGUGUAGAUGGUCUUCUCUCCUUCUUGAACGAUGGUGUAAGCGACUUCACAAUCUCCUUCCAUGGUCUUCUCGUGAACGUUGAAGAAACGGGAAUCCUUCUCGGACUCCAUGCCCUUAUCCUCUUGGUUCAACUCGUCAAGUGGAGCAGAUCUGUGGACAUCUUCGGAAGAAAAUUGAAUCUCAGAGAUGAGACCAUUUCUCAUUUGGACACGGAAUGGAAGUUCAAGAAGCUCCUUGAGCUCAUCAGAAAGCUCACGUUGCUCCAAAGACUCCAUCUUUGGCCACUGCUCGGUUUGUGGAAUGUGGGAAGCAGAAUAGAUGACAUCAGUCAAUUGAAGGUGAAUGUAACGGUCAUCGAUGGCUUGAAUACGAGUACGGCAGGAAAUACGGGUUUGGGAGGCAUCAGAUGA